UCGAGACCUAUUCAGUCGCGGAUUUUGACGGGAGGGUGGUGCGAGCCGGGCGCUGGUGGAAGGGGUCUUAUUAAGGGGUUCUCUGGCUGCCUUUCGCAUUCCUUUGUGGUGCAUAUUGUACAGAACGGGUGGAAUUCCAGGACCGACGAUGUCAGGUGAUGGAGAUGAUCACAUCUCUGCCAGUGACAAUGAAUCAUCUGAUGAGCCUUGGGAGCCCAAUGAAGAGUUUCUCCAAGCAUUGCUAGAGAUGGGCAUAUCUCAAAAUGCGGCCAGACGGGGUCUGUACCACACCGACAACGAGUCAGUGCAGGCAGCUGCGGCCUACAUCUUCGAGCAGCCGUCCAACCGCGUCAACGAGCCGUUCGAUCCCGAACUGACCGACAGCCCGGACGACCACGACUACAAGAUGGUAUUCGUGGUCAACUCCGGCCUCGGCAUGGGUGUUGGAAAGAUAGCCGCGCAGGUGGGGCACGCGGCCAUCAGCCUGCAUCGCAUGAUGCUAAGCAACGACAAGUUCACGGAGGCGGCCGAGGACUGGGAGGAGGAUGGGGAGAAGAAAAUUGUUCUGAAGGCGAACUCUACAGAAGACCUGUUGUCGCUGUACUCGAAGGCCAUGGACAUCGGAUUGCUGGCGUGGAUCGUGGAGGAUGCUGGACACACACAGGUGCCCGAGGGUGCAAGGACCGUGCUGGGCGUGUUCGGGGAGGACGUGCUGGUCGACCAGGUCACCGGCCCGUUCAAGCUGCUCUGAGGGCGGCCGCGGCGCGCGCCGCUAACGGCCGGAUCUGCGGGGGUGUGCGGUGCUCGGGGCUCUUCAGGCAGCGGGGGACGCCGCUCUGUGUCAGCCAGGCGUUGGCUGUUCGUACCGGGAUUAGGCUGUGAUGUUGGAUCGACUGCACCACUCUUUCCGUCGUUGCAAACGUCUGGAAGAUGCGGGGACGGCUAGUCUGGCGGGCUUGUUCGACUUAAUUCACUUGAGCCCUUUUCGUUUGGCUCCUCGUUAAUCGUGCCAAGUUCAUCGUCGUUGCCGACGAGUUCUUUGAAAGUAAUCAUUGGCCCAUUAUUGUAGUGAUAGUUUCAUGGUAUAAUGCAAGGGUAGUUGUUUCCAGCGUGCAGUGAGACAUUGUGUGACUGUUAGCAUCAUUCUCUUCAUUCCCCAUCUCCAGUCAAGAAGUGGGGCUAACGUGCCGCGCCUCGAUGUAACCUAGUAUUUCCUUCUUGCAAUAAAAGGGAUGUUGUUUAUCUGUCACCAGGUGGAAUGUCCGCCCACCGCUGGGAGGUUUCAUCUGCACUUUGGUAGGCAAUGGCGGUGCUUUAAAAUUAGGUGCACUGAUGCGGUUGUCAGACUGAGUGGGACACACUGCAUUGACAUUCAGCGAUUGCUAAGCGACAGUUGUUACAGUCGGUAGUGGUAGUGGACAAGAUUGUCGGGUGCAGGCGGAUUCCCAAAAGUUCCCGACCAAUAGAUCGUAUGGUCAGGCACUUUUGGCAGCGAGGUCGCACGCGCCAGCAGAAGAAGCUUCUCUCAGAGCACGGGGUCAUGACGAGUUAUGGCGGAUUUUUGCCUCUGUCGUAUUUCUAGACGUGUCUCCGUGCUUGUCUUCAGAUAUUCGGGCGCAAAUACAAAUAAUAUUUUUUUUC